GUCUGCAUGAAUAUCAGAUGAAGUCUAGCUGUGCCAUGCGGAGCUAAAACCCUGCACCAGCAUGUGUUUUACGUGCUGACACACGCACACACACUCACAUGCGCUGACCAGCAGACGACUGGUGCUCACCGUUUUUCCUCAGAGAGAGAGAGAGAGAGGGAGAGAGGGAGGCAGACGGAUCUGAGGGACAGAUGGAGGAAGAGAGGGAGAGGGACAGGGCGAGAGAGAGGGAUGAAGAGAUGAAAGGAGAGAAGGCGGCUGCGUGAGGGAGUGGAGAGCAAACUGGGCGCUUGGAUAAAAGGAGAGAAGAGAAAACGGACAAGCGGCUUCGGGUCGUUGCGGAUUCAUUGAGAAGGAAAGAGGAGUGAAGAAGGAGGUAUAGAGGAGAGGAAAGGAGGUACACUGUGAUGUUGCGGGGGGAUCAUGCCGAUUACCAGCGCCAAUACCACACUUUGGGCAGCACCCCACGUCGCUUCUCCAACCCUGACAUGGAGGCACUGGCCAAGCUGCAUAAGGGCGAAGCAGAGAGGCAGCGUGGCAAAUACCCACCCCAGCACGCUGCCACACUCGUCAACACCAACUGCUCACGGCAGCAGCAACCACAUUACUGGAGUUUUAAGGCAAGAACUCCACGGGCCGGUGGUGGUCAGCAGUCUCUGAGUGAACAGGUGGGAGGCCGGGCGUUCUACGCCUCAGCAGAGAGUUUAGACAGCAUGGCCGACGCUGACCUGCCUCUGGGCUUCAGCCGCACCAACCGCCUCAGACAAAGUCUCCCACUCGCACGCUCUCCCAGCCAGAGCAAACUCCGAGCACCUGGGGUCCUGUUCCUGCAGUUUGGAGAUGAGACAAGACGCGUUCACAUCACACAUGAGCUGACCAGCAUGGAGACGCUGCACGCUCUCAUCGUGCAUAUGUUCCCGCAGAAGCUGACUAUGGGGGCUUUGCGCUCGCCCAGCACAGCAAUCCUCAUCAAGGAUGAGGCGCGCAACGUCUUCUAUGAGCUGGAGGACCCACGAGACGUUCAGGAUCGCUGUGUCAUAAAGAUCUACUGCCGCGAGCCUCCACUCCGGGACACACCCUAUAACGCACCCCACCACGGACACCACGGACACAUCGCCAAUGGAGAUUUGCGGAGAGAGCUGGUAUAUGCCUCGAGGGAGUCGUCUCCUACUCGCCGUCUGAACACCCUCCCUUCCUCUUCGUCCCCAUCGGGCUCGCCGUCCCGCUCACACUCCCGCCUCUCCUACGCCGGGGGGCGGCCCUCAUCCUACGCUGGAGGCCCUCCGCCUUCCCCCCAGCCUCACCCCUACCAGCACCAGCACCAUGUCCCUGGGCAGGGUGCUCACGGGCAGCCAGUGUUCUGCCCCUCACCCAGCGCCAUCCUGGAGCGGCGGGAUGUGAAACCAGAUGAGGAGCUGACGUCGACAUCAAAGAGUGUGGUGCUGCUGAAGAAUGAGGCCAUCUAUGCUGACCCAUAUGCGCUGGUCCACUCACCUCAGGCCCUGGCCUAUCGCCGUGGUUCUGCUCGCUCUCUGGGGCCCUACCCUGCGGCUGCACUGCACUGCGAGUUGGAGGGUGCCCUCUACAGGCCUGGAGGUCCUCUCUAUGCUGACCCUUAUGCUGCUGCAGGCUUCCGCACGCUGCCCCCAGCCUCACCGCAGAAGCUGCUGGAUGCAAGAGACCCGUACGGACCGCAGCCAGGCCGGGGGUCACCAGGCAGGCAGGCAUUCAGAAAGGAUGGGACGGUGUUUGUAGAGAGCCCCAAAUCCCGGGGUGGGGGGCCACCGCUGGACCAAAUGUGUGUAAUAGGAGGACCUGGAGCUGAAGGUGUGGGAUUGCCAGGAUACACUACGCCAUUACCCGGCAAUGAAACGGAGACCAGGGAGCGAAUGGAGGCAAUGGAGAAGCAGAUAGCCAGCCUGACCGGUCUGGUCCAGAGCGUUCUAACCAGGGCCCCUGACAGUCCUGACAAGGCUGAAACGGCAAGCGACUGCUCAGCUCCUGAGACUGGCAGGUUUAGAAAAAGAAAAGCUACGACUCCCUCAGCCCCUCUGGCCCUGAUGCCACCUCCUCCCACUGGUUUGUCCCAGCCGAUCAACAUGUCCCGCUCCCAAAUGCAGCUUCACCUAAGUGAACUGCAACACAGCACAGUUGAGCUGAGGAGGCAGCUGACACAGUUACGCAAACUGCAGUUACAGAAUCAGGAUUCAGUGCAUGUGUUGCUGAGACAAACAGAGGCAGAUUUAGGUCUUUGCUUAAUUGAAGCAUCCCGGACGCAAGAGGACCCCCUUCAACGCCAGCGCCUCCUAGUGGAGGAGGAGAGACUGCGCUAUCUUAAUGAGGAGGAGCUGAUUAUACAGCAACUGCAUGAUCUGGAGCGUUCAGUGGAGGAAAUGAAGACUGGGGCAGGGCUGAAUCAUCGCUUGGUAACUGAACAAGAAGUAGAACAGAAAAGUCAGGAGCUCAGGAGACUGGGAGAGACUCUGACUGACCUUAAAAAUCAGUUCCCAACACUGCAGAGUAAGAUGCGUGUAGUGUUGAGGGUGGAAGUGGAGGCAGUGAAGUUUCUGAAGGAGGAGCCUCUGAGGCUGGAUGCAUUGCUGAAACGCUGCAGGAACAUCACAGAUACACUCACACUGCUGAGAAGGCAGGUAUCAGAAGGCAUGUGGAAGACUCCAGAAGACUUUAGCAGCUCCGUGUCCAGCUCCAGUGAUGCUGACUUUGCGAAGAGCUGCGAUUUGGACAUCCUGACCGGUCCCUCUCUCAGCAGCCUGCCUGACCUAGCGGCCACUUUAUCAGGCACGGGCAGUCUCUCGGCUUCAUUGGCGACCAGUGCCAACCUGGGGACUAGUCCCAGCAUCACCAACACUGCCAGCAUAGGGGCCACUGCUAGUCUGUCCAGUGCUCUGGGCACCAGUCUGGGGUCAACUUUAGGUGGAACUGCCGGUUUAGUAGGCACCACCACGCUUGGGAGCUGGCUUGCCAGCACAGCAGCGAUGGACAGCAGCAUGCCAGAGCAGGACAACACCUCAGUUAGUGCAGCAAAGGGCCGCAGCCUGGAGGACAUGCCAACACGCAGAGACCCGGACAAAGGAGUAUCUGUAGAAGUCCGCCUGGCAGCAGAGCGAGACUGGGAAGAAAAGCGGGCUAGUUUGACCCAAUUCAGUGCCCAGGACAUUAAUCGUCUAUUGGAGGAGACCCAGGCGGAGCUAAUGAAGGCCAUUCCUGAUCUGGACUUUGCUGCCAAGCAGAUCACCAAGCCGGCUGUGCCCCCGAAACCCCAGCUUUCCUCUCUGCCCAAACCGGUCACGCCAUCCUCCACACCCUCCUCCACCCCUGAACACCAGCCUGGAAAAACCCCACCCAAACCAGCCAGUAAGGAAGCAACCCCACGCAGGGAAUCAGGGGAGUUGACAGUGCCACGGUAUCGAACGGAGAAGCCGUCCAAGUCUCCACCCCCUCCACCGCCGCGCCGCAGUUUCCCAUCAGGCCAUGGACUCACAACCAACAGCAGCGGAGAAGUUAUCAUCGUAAACAAGAAUGUGAAAAAACUGGAGAAAAGUGAAAACUGCGAGGAACCAGACGCACAGACUCCAUCUCAGACGCUACCCAUCAAACUCAGAAGACCUUCCACUUCGGAUGGGCCCCGCCCUUCCUCCACACCACCAGUUAUCGCAGCCUCUGGGAUGAAAGAGGAUGAAGAUGAGGAUGAGAAAAUCAUGGCAGAGCUUGAGUCUGCCGGUACCCCUCCUGGGUCCGCCAAACUGGCAUCGUCGUCAGCAGCGUCCCGCCUGAAGCACCUGCAGCAGAGCAGCCUGGAGCGGAAGAACAGGAAGCAGCGUGAGGACUUCCCCAAACUCCAGCAGGGCCAGCAGCAGCCAAUCACUGUCCUUCGCUCUCUCCUCCCCUGAGAUCUGAUCCUAUCUUAGGUGAUUAUACCAAGCAGAAGGUGACAGAAGUCCAUGAGGAUGAUGGACACAGUGGACCCUGAGUAAGAUACUGAACGUCAAGCUUGCAUGUCUUACAAUAUGUGUAGUGCGUUAGGGUAAGUUUAAAUAAGGUCAGAUUUUUGCUAAAUGUAACAAUGUAAGUAUCAAUAUAUGUACAAUAAAAUAACAUCAUACGGUACAUUAAUGCUGUAACUAUAUGCAGGUACUGAUUCCCAGUAAAGUGAACAAAGGUUAUUCAUGUGGAGAGUGGCCAAACUGUACGUCACAUGGAUGAAUCUUAAAAAAAAAGCAGAAAAAGUAAUAAUCAUAUAGCACUUAAUAAGAGACUUCACUAUAUUCUGCUAUAUAGAUCCAUAGCACCACAUGAAAAAAAUAAAAAAGCUAAGUAACCGUGAAUAAUUGUGAUAGUUAUUUAAUACCAAAAGGUGUUUAUGGAAUAUAGUAUUUCCUACAGUUAAGAGUCUUUUGUAUUUUUAUACUUUUGAAUGAGAGGAUUGUACUGACAAGGUCUGAGAAACUGAAACAUUUGGAAAAGUCCGUUCACCUGCCAAGUGACAUGUGCAUUUGAUUACAGUGUUCAAAACUAACACCCCAUUUAUAUUUGGUUGUUUCAUGUGUCUUGAAUUUCAGGAUUAUAUCCAUUUAAAAUUGCAGGUGUAAAUGCCACCAAGAUGAAAUUGGAUCGCUCAAACCACUUUACAUGGUGGUCUGAGAUGCAUUUAAAUGCAUCUGUCUCUAAAAUUCUACAUUCAACAACCAAAUUCCCUCUUAAUACUGUGACACCGCCCCCUUUAUUGCUCUGCACAUGAGUAAAAACACCCUUUGCACUACCACCACUAAACAGAGGCAUUGCUGCAUUUCCAGUUUAGCUCCUCUAAUUUUAACUAAGAAGCCUUCAGUGGACCAAGCUAAUGUAAAUAAGGUCCUGUUUGAUUAAACUUCAUCAGUAUAUCUCACCUCAGUACACUGCAUUUUAUUAGGGCUGGAAGAUGAAUAGUUUUUAUAUAAAUCAUUUUUAUUUUAUAAAUCACAGUUAUCAACAAGUUAUCAACAUUAUCAAAGAGUUUAAAUAGUAGAUAUUUAGCCUCUGGGUUCACAACACACAGUAAUUGCAAUUAGGUAUUUUGCCCGAAAUGUCCAGCCCUACAUUGUAAUGCACAUGGUACAUGACCAUGAUGACUAAAACAAGAGGCUAAUUAUUCUAAAGAGCCCUCUUCUGGUGUUCUAUAGCUGGUGUACGAAAAUAAAUAACACCAUGCAAAUUUGUGAUUUUCGAGGCAGCAACUAUUUUUUGAAUAAAACAGGAAAGUGCAGAACAACAGAGCAACCAGUUUGCUGUAUAUGAGCAGAUUUGCAUAUUACAUGCCAUAAAGAAAUCAGAUUUGAAUCUGACUAAUUAGAGACAUGUUUGAUCACCAAGUUUAAAUGCAUACGGUCAAAAUCUCACCAGGUUACAAUCAAACAAUGUCAUUCCUAAAUGCUGCAUAUCCAUUUGUAACAAUUUUGGAUAUAAAGAGUUCUACAUAGAACAACAACUGAUGUUAAAGGAAGAUGCAUUUUGAUGUCUCUAAUAAAGUUGGUAUUAAUCAUAAUAUAGCAGUGAUAUUUCUUGUAUAUGAAACGCCAACUUCUAACAACAUCUUGCAGGAAAAAAGAACAUUUUUGAAAAUGGACUAUAAUGUGUCUUGCAACAAAGCCCUUAAAUCCAGAUACAAGUCAGAUGAAAUAACCACGUUUAAAUGGGCUCCAGUAGUGCGAGAAUCUAAGUGGUCUCUCUAAUAAUGUUUGUUUGGAUAGAAAAUCUAUGCUAAUCACUAUUUUUUAGUAGUUUUGUUACUUAUUAACAGUAAAAGUUGAUCAUAUUGUGGCUUUUUGAUGCUUUUUUUUUCAUUCAUUGUCUUACUGAGAAGUAUGAUCUUUUGUUGCAGUUCGUAUGUUGACUGUGUACGUCUCUCUGUUCAGCUGCCAUUAUAUUUCUGUUCAGCUAAACAUACAAAGGUAGACAAUGUAGGAGUUUUCUGUCAAUAUUGUGUCCUAAGACAAUCGUGAAGAUGUUUUACACACUACAUGCGACUUGCUAAGUGACAUUUAUCAUCCAGUCAUUACAGUUAGUUUUUCUGAAGUGGAUUUUAGACAUGUAGCCCUAACCAACUCAGACUAGUUCAAUUUAAUGGGUGCAUUGAACAGAUGGUAAAUGACCACUGAGCCAGUUCUGCUUGCCCUUGGUAUCAGUGGUUAUUUCUGGAAUUGAAAAACGUAUUCUUUUUACUAUUGCACUUUGAAAACAAUGUUUUGCUUUGUUGGUGCUGCCCAGCAAAGACAAAAGAAGCACAUCGCUGAAGCACAGUUCUCUCGGCAUAGAUCUCUACAAAUAAGCAAAUAUUCUAAUCUAAGAUAUGUUGAUAUACAAUUGAUAAUGCACACAUAGAGGCCUCUGAAUGAAAGUGUGAAAGAUGGGAGAAAAAAAAAACUACUAACACACUAAAGUGUGGGGGAAAAAAGGUUUAACUGUACAUAGACUGUGCUAUCACAGUAUAUUAACUUAGUGAAUUUGUAUGUAAGCUUUUUUUUAAAUAAAGAGAUGUUAGUGCUAAACUGCAUGUACAGUAUACCUUAAAGUCUGCAUGCAGAAUCAACUAUGUAAGCUCUGUUUUUGAGUGUAAAAUAGAUUGAAUUCUGUAUAAAGAAAAUAUUUUUUUGUUAAAGAUAGUUCGAUAUGUGUAGGUGGGUCAAUCUGACCCGUUUUACUGUCGUCUGUAACCUUGUAACAAAAAACGUUGUUUGAAACGGGCAAACUGAGGUCCUGUAACUAUGAGCAAUGUCGCUAGCUGUAGGAGACAUAGCUCAUCCAUGUUAAUGAAUGUGUGGAGUGUUUACAAAAUGAAAAAGACAUUUUUGUGAUAACAAUAAAGUGAGAAUGCACACUGACCAAUAUAAAAAUAUCUAUAUGAAGAAAUUAUAAUGCUGCUCUUGUGGGGAAAAAAAUCUAAUGCUAAAAUCUAUGUACCAGAGACUGUUGGUUUUGUAUAUUCUUGUCGUGUUUUUUGUGGGUAUUAAAGUGGAUAUCUUGUA